GAUCUGGUGACACUUUGAUUUGCGUGGAGGCCUAGCCUGGAGGGUGCAGCACAGUGGCGAUGCAUUGGCCGCUCCUUCUGUUCUUGCUCCUGGUAGGGCUCCGGCCAAGCUUCAGCCAGACAAACUCCCAAGAUGUUGCCGCACUUCAGGCUUUGAUGAAUAACUGGAAGAAUGGACCACAAAGCUGGACAGGUUCAACCGAUCCCUGCAGCUCCUGGGAUGGAAUUUCCUGUUCUAAUGGAAGGGUGACAGAAGUGAGAUUACCAAGCAUGAACCUGCAAGGUACAUUAAGCGAUGCCGUAGGCCAACUAUCUGCUUUGAUGUAUCUGGAUCUGUCUAACAACCUAAAUCUCGGAGGUCCACUUACUCCAAAAAUUGGAAAUCUGAAGCAGCUUACAACUCUGAUUUUGCUUGGAUGCAGCUUCAGUGGUAAUAUCCCAAGAGAGAUAGGCAACUUAUCGCAGCUCACAUUCCUGGCACUAAACUCAAAUAAGUUCACUGGUGGAAUUCCACCAACACUUGGCCUUCUUUCAAAUCUUAUCUGGUUAGACAUGUCCGCAAAUAAGCUGUCAGGACAAAUACCCGUUUCUCCAGGGUUGAAUCAACUCGUCAAAGCUAAGCAUUUCCACUUCAGUGAGAACCAGCUGACAGGCCCAAUGAGCGAAAGCCUUUUCAAUGGCAACAUGAACCUUAUACAUGCGAUAUUUGACAACAACAACUUUACUGGACCAAUCCCAGAAUCUCUUGGACUAGUCAUAUCACUUCAAAUAAUCCGACUAGAUCAUAACCGGUUCAGCGGUCCAGUUCCUGAUAGUAUUGGCAACCUAAGUAACCUGAUGGAACUGAGCUUAGCAAACAACCUACUAAACGGGACAAUGCCAGAUCUCACUAGUGUAACUCAGCUAGAUUAUGUGGACCUAAGCAACAAUAACUUCCCAAGCUCACGAGCACCUGGAUGGUUUUCAACGUUGACAUCCCUGAAUAGCAUAUUUAUGGAAAAUGAUGAUCUUACUGGAACAAUCCCUAGUGCUCUGUUCAGUUUACCCAACCUGCAGCAAGUAUCACUAGCUAGGAAUUCAUUCGGUGGGAAACUUAAUAUGACAGGUAACAUCAGCUCACAGUUGCAGGUUGUUGACUUGACAAAUAAUCAAAUCAUAGAGGCUGAUGUAACAAGCUACAGCAACAGCCUUAUAUUAUCAGGGAAUCCUGUAUGCUUUGAUAACACUAGUUUCUGCACACUCAAGCAAAAGCAGCAAGUGCCAUAUGCCACUAACCUUGGCCCAUGUGCUGCCAUUCCAUGCCCCACUGAUCAGUCAGCAAGUCCAGUCACUUCACAGAACUGCGCAUGCACCAACCCAUUUCAGGGUUUGAUGAUCUUCCGAGCACCCGCCUUCUCUGAUGUCACAAGCCCCACAAAUUUCCAAAUUCUGGAGUCAACACUUCAGCAGAACCUCAGCCUGGCAUCAGGAUCAGUUGCUCUUUCCAAUGUAGAAUUCAGUCCAGGAGCACCUCUAACAUUCACAGUGAAGAUUUUUCCGGUCAGUGGAACGAGCUUCAAUCGCUCAGAUGUUAUAAGAAUCAGUACUGCCCUGGUCAACCAAACUCUUAAAGCCCCAACUGCAUUUGGACCAUACAGCUUCAUAGCAAGCACUUACUUUCCAGGUCCCAGCAAUAAAAAAUCCUCAAUGGGCAAAGGCGCAAUAAUUGGAAUCGCAAUUGCGGGCUGUGUCCUUAUUGCUGGCUUUAUUAUGGCAGCAAUGUAUGCUCUACGACAGAGAAGGAUAGCCAAGGAGGCAGUAGAGCGAACUACAAAUCCUUUUGCAUCAUGGGGAACUGGUGGUACAGACAACGGAGAUGCACCGCAACUGAAGGGCGCAAGAUACUUUUCAUUUGAGGAACUGAAAAAAUGCACCAAUAAUUUCUCAGAAAUCAAUGAGAUAGGAUCUGGAGGAUAUGGGAAGGUGUACAAAGGGACACUCGCAAACGGGCAAAUAGCUGCAAUAAAACGAGCACAACAAGGAUCCAUGCAAGGUGUAGCUGAGUUCAAGAAUGAGAUAGAACUGCUGUCCAGGGUUCAUCACAAGAACCUUGUGAGCCUAGUGGGUUUCUGCUACGAACAAGGGGAACAGAUGUUGGUUUACGAAUAUAUCCCUUAUGGGACAUUAAGGGAGAACCUCAUGGAUAAAGGAGGAGUGAGCUUGGAUUGGAAGAAGCGCCUCAGAAUUGCCAUUGGCUCAGCAAAAGGUCUAGCAUACCUCCACGAACUUGCUGAUCCGCCAAUCAUACACAGAGAUAUCAAGUCAACCAAUAUCCUUUUGGAUGAAAGUCUCAAUGCAAAGGUUGCUGAUUUUGGUCUUUCAAAGCUAGUAUCUGACACACAAAAGGGUCACGUUUCUACCCAAGUAAAGGGAACACUGGGCUAUUUGGAUCCUGAAUAUUACAUGACACAACAGCUUUCUGAGAAGAGUGACGUCUACAGCUUCGGAGUUGUGCUGCUAGAACUAAUAACUGCCAGGCAGCCCAUAGAGAAAGGCAGGUACAUUGUUCGUGAGAUCAGGACAGCAAUAGAUCAGUAUGAUCAAGAAUACUAUGGCUUGAAGGGCCUAAUCGAUCCAAAAAUCCGGGAUUCAGCUAAAUUAAUUGGCUUCAGGAGAUUUGUGCAGUUGGCUAUGGAAUGUGUGGAAGAGUCUGGUGUUGACCGCCCAACAAUGAAUGAUGUUGUGAAGGAACUUGAGACCAUCGUCCAGAAUGAAGGGACACAAUUGUUAAACUCAGCAUCUUUAUCAGCUGAAAAUUUUGGAGAUGCAAAGAGCCAAGAUCCUUAUGCAGAACAUUUGCCCAUGAAUGAUGAAAGCAGUAGCAACACCUUUGAUUACAACAGUGUAUAUUCAUACUCAGCUGUUCAACCGAAGUAGAUAUCAGUCUCUAGUCUGUUUUUGGUGCAUAGUCCAAGUGAACUGGACAUUAGGGAUGUAUCAUACAAUAAUCACCUUUCCUGUCUGUUGAUAAAUCAGCGCAUGAAUAUUCUUGAAACACUGUGUCAAGUGACUUGCUUAAGAUGAAACGGUAGUGAAUGAUCUGUCUAUAAUACCAUUUAUAUGA